CUUGCAAUAUUUUUUGUGUGCUCAAUAAACUGCCGAUACGUUUUAGUCGCAUAUUAUUUAAUUUAAAAAUUAAAAAUGUUUAAUUAUGAUUUCGACAAAAAUAUAAACCUCAUCGUAGUGACAUAAAAUUAUUUUACUUGAAUAAAUAUAAGUGUUUCGUGCUACUUUCUAUCUAACUGUAAUUAUGGGAAAACAAGUGUAAAUUAUUUUUUACUCAAGUGACAGUUAUCUGAUAUCGACAAUUAAAACAAUUUUAUCGGAAUUAAGAUCACCGAUGUUAUCAACGUAAAUUCACACGUACGUUACUGCUACUGUCAAACAAUGCCAUGUAUGCUCCAGAUCAUCUUAGAAGGAAGGAAGUUCGAGAUGCUAUGUACCGUAGUAAUUCUAGUCUUGACUUGAUAUAUGCUGACCACUCCACAGGGAAUGGUUUGCGACGCGAGUAUGGUAGUCACGGGUCAAUUGACGUGAUUGGGGGUACUAGCGAACGGCUCCCUGCAAUGGUACAUAAUUACAGCGGCUUAAACGCACCUGAAAAGCCAUCUGGACUAAGCCGUUUGACUGAUCGAUUUUCCGAAGUAUUAGCUAGCGAUCAUGCGGACGGCCCAACGCCAAGAGCCAGUGUUAGCCCCAAACCACGCCUCAAAUUUAAUAAAUUAUGGGGUGGUACUACUCCAGUUAUAGCUCGAUCAGAUGGUGAUGGAAUAAUAACAUCUGUAUCUGAUGUAAACAAAAGAAAACAAUUUGCACAUUAUGACUGUCAAUCCCUCAUGGCCAACUUGAGUUAUGCCGCUGAAAUUAGAGGUGCCCUGUUGAGCAGACGUCGUAAUACAACAACUGGAGCAUCAGCUGCAUCCUUACUUGCUACACGUGGGUUACCCCCAGGGGAUGAUGCUAUUCCAGACACUGGUGACGGUCGAUCAAAUGAAUUACUGGAAAGUUGUCCAUUUUUCAGGAAUGAAUUAGGCGGUGAAGAAGAACGUUGCGUAUCACUUUGUACGCGUACAGCUCGGGGCGCCAUUCCUGGCCAGUUUGGAGGAUGGCACCGUCCCAGGACAGCUUAUGGUUUUUCAGUUCUGGAAUUCCCACCUGGACAAACUCAUUGGCGGCACGGGUGCCCUUUUAUACGAUCAAGUUCCCCGUUACCCAUCGAAAGUCAAGAUCUCGGCGCAUUGUACUAUAGGAAUUAUUUUUACACGCAACCUCACCAAAAUUGGUUUGGUAUGGAUGAGAAUUUAGGACCCGUGGCGAUUUCUAUUAAGAAGGAACGUGUUGAAUUAAGGCGUGGUGGUGUUGAUGCAUCCGCGCCAGCUUCGCAGCUAGCUUGGCAGUAUCGACUCAUCAUCCGAACUUCGGAACUACUUCCUUUACGCGGUUCUAUACUCGAAGAUGCCUUGCCUACCGUCAAGCCGAGUAACAACAGUGCCACAUAUAACACCAAAGAAGUGCUAGAGUACGUCGCGCCGGAGUUGCAGCUGGGUUGUUUAAGACUAGGAAUUACUAAUGGAGGUGCGGAAAAUCAACUAUUGCGGCUUGACGAGCAACGUGUAACGAGGCACUACAAAGUUGGGGUGAUGUAUUGCAAGAGUGGUCAGUCGACCGAGGAGGAAAUGUACAAUAACCAAGAAGCCGGACCAGCUUUUGUAGACUUUUUACAAAUGUUGGGACAGACUGUCAGAUUAAAAGACUUCGAUAAGUACAAAGCUGGUCUCGACAAUCGGACAGAUUCCACCGGAUUAUUUUCUGUUUACACAACCUAUCAAGGUUGUGAAAUAAUGUUUCACGUUUCAACAAUGCUUCCGUACACACCGAACAACAGGCAGCAGUUGUUGAGGAAACGUCACAUCGGUAAUGAUAUUGUGACAAUUGUCUUCCAAGAACCGGGUGCGGCGCCUUUCACGCCCAGGAACAUACGCUCCCAGUUCCAACACGUUUUUGUGGUUGUGAGAGUCAUAGAUCCAUGUACAGAGAACACACACUACAGUAUCGCUGUAAGUCGUGCUAAAGAAGUGCCUUUAUUUGGACCCCCGAUUAAGGAUGGUGCGGUUUAUCCGAAAGGGGAAGCCUUCACGGAUUUACUUUUAAGUAAGGUUAUUAAUGGUGAAAAUGCUGCCAUUCAAUCGCCCAAGUUUAGUACGAUGGCUACACGCACACGGCAAGAGUACCUUAAAGAUUUAGCUAAGAAUUACGUUACUGCUACAACUACGGAGACUGGACAGAAAUUUUCUAUAUUCUCUUCAUUGUUGAUGAAGAGCGGAAAUAAUUCCAGCAACAAUGCCAUCGUGCCUCGCGUCGACGACUGCACUAAUGACGUUUUAGUUGGAGGAGCAUUGUGUUUUCACGUGCAAGUUCAGGACGAGGGAGCCGGUGGAACCGUGGUGGAUUGUAUCAUGGGAAUCUCUGCAGAUACAAUAGUAAUCGUCGAAGAGAGCUCGAGGCAGAUCGUGCUCGUUCUACCAACGAAUACUCUACUUGGCUGGGUGGUGAGCGGGCUGUGGGUGCGCGUGUACUACCACCGCGGGGAGAGCGUGCGCGUGAGCGCGGCCGACGCGCUGCUGCGCCGCCUCGCCGCCGUGGCGCCGCCGCACGCGCACGCGCUCUCCGAGCUCACGCUGGACCGCGGGGCCGCCGCGCAACUAGGGUUCCACGUGCAGGCGGACGGGCUGGUGACGGCGGUGGAGGGCGGCGGCGCGGCGGCGCGCGCGGGCGUGCGGCGCGGCGCGCGGCUGCUCGAGGUGUGCCGCGCCGCCGUCGUGGCGCUCACGCACGACCACCUCGUCGACCUGCUCAAGACCUCCGACCCCGUCACCGUGCGGCUGACGUUCGCGGCGGGCGCGCGCUGCGAGUGCCAGAGCGCGGGCGAGGCGUGGGCGCAGCAGCCCGCGCGCCGCCGCCAGUCGCCGCCGCGCUCCGACACCUCCGGAUACGGGACCGGUGGGUCUGGUCGCAGCACGACGUCGGGCGGCAACGCGGAGGUGCGGCGCCGCUCGCACGAGGACGCGUCCCCGCGACACUCGCGCCGCCCGCGCUCGCUCGCGCACUCGUCGCUCACGGAAGAACUGAUGCGAUUAAUGGACGCUGAACUUGGCGAAACUCGUAGCGGUAGCGGCGGUGGUGGCGCCGGUAGCGGUGGUAGCGGAGGUAGUGGGGGCAACGCGCCGCUGCCACUGCCUGACGCGUCCGCGCUUGACUGGGCCACGCUUGUACAUACUGCCACGCGGGCUAUGUUACAGAUUUGUGAAGAGCAUCAAUAUCCGUCCAUUGACAAUGCCGAACCGAAUUCUGAAACUGCAACCGAGGUCGGCCUCGACACGUGGUCAGAGAUAGCCAGUACCGACGCAGACGAGACCGCAGGAGCGGGCGCGGGUGGCGGCGCGAGUGCGGGCGUGGCGGGCAGCGGGGCGAGCGGCGCGGGGAGCGGCUGCGCGUGCGGGCUGGCGCAGCGCGUGGCGGCGCUGGAGGCCGACGCCGUCUCGGCGCAGCGACACCGACACCAUCUGGAGGAGGAGGUGCGUCGGCUGCGGCGCCACAACGCGCGCCUGCGCGAGGAGUCUGCGCGCGCCGUGUGGCAGCUGCGCCACUUCACGCACUGGCUCAAGCGCACCGUCGACAAGCAGUGACGCCCGCGCACUCGCCACUGUAACAUCAGAAUGACAAGACGCGUGCAACGACUCAGCGAGGUACUCUUGCGUACUUGAAUAGUAUUUAAUAAAUUACAUAAUUUCCAAAGAGUAACUACGUGUGAAAUAUAAAUAUUUAACUCAGCGCUGUAUCUUAUGAAUUUUGUGCCUUUUAAGCUUCUAGUGAAGCUAUUGUUUUGGCGUAACGGUAAUUUUUCUUAAUUAUUAAGUACAUGCCACUGUUUUUCCACGUUAAAUAUUCAAAUAAUAUAAUGUUGCUGUUUCGACGAUAAUAAUGUGUCUAUAGGCGCGUUGUUAUGUUAAGCGCCCGAUAGUCUGAUAUGCCGUAUGUUGUAAGAUUAUUUAUUUAUUACUGUUUUAAGUAUUAAAUAUGCAAAAUCAACGACUUUGUUAUUCUAAAAAUAACCGAUUAUACAACAAAAAAAAAAUUGUUACGUGUAAUUAUCUCUGAAAUAAAUUAAACUACAAUCUGUAGAUCAUACAACAAUAUGAGAAUGUUAAAUAAAUAAUUCAUUAACAAUUUAUAUGAUUAUACUUCCUUACAUUAUUAUAAAACUGUUACUAUUAAGUAAUUAAGUAUGUAGCGUUAAUUUUUAAUAUUUAAUUAAUAUUUAAAACAGACUUGAACCCUGCCAAAUAUUAUAACCGUAAGAUGUAUCAUCACAUUAGCACAAAUACUUAAUUUUACUGCUAAAUCACUAAAAUACAUAUACUCCGUUUCAAUGGCAGGAGGAGUGAACAUAAACCAACCUUAGAUUUAUAUAUUCGAUGCGUUUGCUUAUAGUUCUUCUUUAUUAUACAUUAGAUAUAAUUCUUAAUUUAUAUUUCUUUAUUAUAAUACAACACUAUUGCUUUUAACAACUUGUAUCCGUGGUAAAUUAACUUCCAAAAUUCCGAUGAUAACUUUGCUGCCAUAGAAUAUUUUAGAUUAAUAUCUUUUUUCAUAUACAUAUAGGUACGCGAAAAGAAAAACGUACCACCUGAUAAUAAGUGAGUAUCGCAGCAAAUAUACAUAAGUGCUGUAAGAAAUAUCAAACAUUUUUUAAAGCGCCACCUACCUCGAGAGCUAAGUUGUUAUAUCCCUUGUCCCUGCAGUUACAUCGGCUUACUCACCCUUGCAACCAGAACACAUGUGUUAAGAAUGUUUGCUUAGUGGUAGAAUAUCUGAUGAGUGGAUGGUACCAACAAAAGAUGGCUCGUGCGAACCCUUACAUCAAAUCACAUCAAUUCAAGGUCGAAAUUGUUUAUCUACUCCUGCCAUUGGAAUAGACUAAAAGUACCCAUUGAAACAUAAUAAAAUAAUUAUUGCUACUUAGGAAUUUUUAAACCGUAUUAACUAGCACGAUCUCUUAUAAUAUCGUUAUGUUAAUAUUUUAUUUUAUUAAUAACUAUUUAAUUUUUAUUUUUUUUUGUAAAUAUAAUUGAAUCUCUUAGUUAAAUUAUAUGAACGUAAAAAGGAAGCUUUAUUAGUAUAAGUCAUUUUAAAUGUAGCGUUAAUUUUAGUGAAGCAAUUAUUCAUAUUUUCUUAAGCUUAACAAUAUGUCAAUCAACGAAAUAAUAACACAAUUACUUGUUCUAUAAUGUUCUACGUCGUAUAUGAUUAUUUUUGUUACCUUCGAUGUAUGUUGAAAACACUAACAGCUUGACGUGGCAUUUAAUAAUAAGUCAGCUUGAACUCGAUUACUACAGCUUAUUAAUAAGAAGGAUUUAAAAGAAAAUGUUCUUUUCUUUAUUUAAUUAAUUAAAGGAAUUGUCGGAAUUUGUAUCAGGCCUCUUUUAAAGAAUUAUGUCUCAGUAACUGAAACGCUGAUCAAAAAUGAAACGUUGGAAGCUCGUUGGUCGCUUAUUAUGUCUUCAGCUGCUUUCGACGAAUGACAAUUAAGAUUAAAAAUCAAAUUAAAUUAAACUGACUUUGAUUAACGUUUUAGGAACUGCAGAUUUAUUUCUCAAAUGAUUAAUAAAGUAUUCAAUGAUGUUAUUUUAUAAAAUAAUUUAUU